GGACUGGAACAAUUUUCUAAAUGACAACCACCAGCAGUUGUUGUUACGUAGAUUCAAUCACUUGCAACAGCUCACAGUAUAAAGUAGACACUGGUCAAACAGUUGAUGAAGAACAAAUUACUGUGUUUGAGUUGAAGGAAGACACCAAGAAGAAAGCCACUUUGAUGGAAGACUCGGAGGAGGAUUUUGCUUGUGCCAUAUGUUUUGAGUUGAUAGUUCCUGGAGAUGGAGCUUUGGAGUUGCCUUGUUCACAUCUCUUUCAUAGUGAUUGUAUUGUGCAAUGGCUACUUAAUCACCAACAUUGUCCCAUAUGUCGUACUUUAUUGCCACAGUUUGACUUUCAGAGUCAACCAGUUUCGAAACAGUCGAACAGGAGGCAGUUGAUAACAACAGAAACCGAAGAAAAUAGGCCAACACAUGAGAUUAUGAGACUCCACUUCUCGGAUGGAAUUCGAAGAACUACUCGACUUUUAUUUUUACAACCAGGAAGACAUAUCAAACGUGGGUUUCUGCAGUUUUCCUCAUUUCUGAAACUUGUGUUUCAUGAAGUGAGUGAACCAUUUCACGUUAGUCGCACACAAAGUCAUGAAAGUGUUCGUAAUACUGGCAACACAAGUAAUAGCUCAAGAGCACUGUAUAAUAGAGAACAUACAAGGAGAGCUUUGGAGCCACCACGUCGAUCGAAAAAGAAUGUUUUUAAACGAUUCUGGAGUAAACUAGUUCACAAGAACAGUUCGUCACAAACAAUAAUUGGACGCUGAUUCUAUUUGGAGAUAAGAAGGGAG